GCGAAGGAGGGGGUGAAGAGGGAGCUUGUUUCAGUUUGCAGUAAUCGCUCAUCCAGGAGCCUGUUCCUCUCAGGGAUAUUUGGAUUUUUCAGUCUGGAUGCUGUAGCUCGGGGUUGGACUCUCUCUCUCUCUCUCCUUCUCUGACUUCCUUGUGUGUCUAAAGCGGCGGCUGUGUGUGAGGACGCUGUAUGUCUGGCAUCCAGACAUGGGCCCCUCGUUAUGCUCUAGGAUUACUGUCUGCCUGCUCAUCACCUUGGCUCAGGUGAUCGCCGUGACCUGCCAAGAAGAUACCAAGAACGAUUCCUGCACAGAGGAUGGAAAGGUCUACUCCAACGAUCAGAUAUGGAGCCCAGAGCCGUGUCGAGUCUGUAUAUGUGAAGUUGGGACGGUGGUUUGUGAGGACGUGAUAUGUGAGGAUGUAGGGGACUGCAAGACCACUGAAACCCCCGAGGGCGAGUGCUGCCCCGUGUGCUCGGCUGCAGCACAGCGGCCUCACACAGACACUGAAACUGAUACCUGCACAGAAAAUGGAAAAGUCUACGCCCACAACGACAUGUGGAACCCAGAGCCGUGUCGGAUCUGUUUGUGCGAGAUGGGGACCGCUGUGUGUGAAAACGUGGUCUGCGAGGACCUCGGCGACUGUCUGAAAACUGUGACCCCAGAGGGCGAGUGUUGCCCCGUGUGCUUGACUGCAGCUUCAACAUCAACUCCCAGUGCAGACCCCACAACACCUGCAGAUGAGAAGAAAGGUGAAAGCUGCACGGUCGAGGAGGUGGUCUACGAGCACAACCACAUCUGGAAACCAGAGCCUUGUAGCGUGUGUGUUUGCGACAAUGGCGUCGCCAUCUGCGACGAGGUGCAGUGCGAACUGAUGCCGAACUGCGAGAAGGUCGUCACGCCUGAGGGACAGUGCUGCCCCGUGUGUGAGAGCUUUGCCAGUGCCAGCAGGACGAUAGAAAUUAUGGGCUACAAGGGACAGAAAGGUGAACCAGGUGAUAUCCCAUAUGUGUUAGGGCCUCCUGGACCUUCAGGACCCUCGGGUCCUCCAGGAGCUCAGGGACACACUGGACCACGAGGCUUUAAAGGCAGACGGGGAUUUGAGGGGCCUCCAGGAUUUGACGGAGAGCCCGGUGUGCCAGGAAAUCCAGGAGAGGCUGGAUCCCCAGGCCAUCCCACCCACCCCGGGGGCAACCUGGUGUCUCAGAUGGCGGCCGGUUUCGGGGAGAAGUCUGGCAUGAUGGCUGGGAUGAUAUCAGGAUCAAGGGGUGAAGCAGGACCACGAGGACCUCCAGGGACGCCUGGAGCACAAGGUCCAAGUGGUGGUCAGGGAAUCCCAGGAGAACCUGGAGACCCAGGACAGAUGGGUGAGCCGGGUUAUCGAGGACCAGACGGGCCUCCAGGAAAAGCUGGAGCUGAUGGAGAAUCUGGACCUGCAGGAGCUACAGGAGAACCAGGAUUUCCAGGAUCUGGGGGUGGAAGAGGGUUCCCAGGACUUCCAGGUCAUCCAGGACUGAAAGGUCCCAAGGGUCAUGGCGGUCUUCUUGGGCCAAGAGGCGAGUCUGGAGCGGCUGGAACCAAGGGUAAAUCUGGUACUCCGGGUGUGAUGGGUGCUGCAGGCCCUCUGGGACCAGCCGGCAUGCAGGGAGAACGAGGCCGAGCCGGACCAACCGGUCCUCUGGGAAAACGUGGAGCAGCCGGCCAUGUUGGCAAACCCGGACCUCUGGGUCCAAUGGGAAUCUUCGGUGUUCCAGGUUUUCCCGGUAACGCAGGAAUGAAGGGUGAACAAGGACCAACAGGGGUCAGAGGAAGUGCAGGACAGCAGGGUACCAGAGGGGACGUGGGUCACGUGGGACCGGCUGGACCGCCAGGACAAGAGGGUGCUGAAGGACAGGACGGAGCUCCAGGAAGCCGCGGCUCAUCAGGUAUAGCAGGUGUCCUGGGUCCAUCAGGGUUGUUGGGCCCACAAGGUCCCCCCGGCCCCCAGGGAACUACAGGAGCAGAAGGACCAAAAGGACAAUUGGGUGAAGUUGGACUGCUUGGAUUCAAAGGAGAAGCUGGAUUCAAGGGAGAAAGAGGCGACCAUGGUAUUCCGGGUCCUUUGGGCCCAAUGGGAGAGGACGGAAAGCGUGGACCACGAGGUGAUGGAGGAUCCGUCGGGCCUACAGGACCUACAGGAGAGACAGGAUCUCCAGGAAACCGAGGUUUCCCCGGUGGAGAUGGUUUACCAGGCCAGAAGGGAGCUCUGGGUGAAAGAGGACUGUCGGGGUCGACCGGCGCCAAAGGUUUAGAUGGAGAUCUAGGACGUAAUGGAGAGCCGGGUUUAACUGGAGCUCGGGGUCUGACGGGACUUAUUGGCGCCCAGGGAUCAGAGGGAAAGCUCGGACCAAUGGGCUCAGCAGGAGAUGAUGGCAAACAAGGCCCAGCUGGUUCUGUUGGAAACCGAGGUGGAACUGGACCCAUGGGCCUGCCAGGACCUAAAGGCUUCGCUGGUGAUGCUGGGAAGCUUGGAGAGGCUGGCAGCUCUGGUGCUCCAGGUCAAAGGGGAGUGAAUGGAAAAGACGGAGAGGAAGGCGCUGCUGGUCCAGCUGGUCCAGCUGGUACUGCAGGAAAGAGAGGAGAGCAGGGACCACAGGGACUGCAUGGUUUCCAGGGUUUGCCCGGGGUGCCAGGACCACCUGGAGAGUCAGGAAAACCAGGAAAUGAGGGUCUUGCUGGAGAGGCUGGUGCUGGUGGAGCAACAGGUCUAAGGGGAGAAAGAGGCCCUCCUGGAGAGAGAGGUGAAAUCGGGCCCAAUGGGCUGCUCGGAGCCAAAGGUAGUCCAGGUGGACCAGGAUCAGAUGGGCCAAAGGGUAACCUUGGAUCAAAGGGUGCUGUCGGAGAGGCAGGAGGUCCAGGACUUAUGGGGAUGCCCGGAGAGAGAGGACUAUCCGGACCUUCAGGCCCGAAGGGAGACGCAGGCUCUGUUGGAGGGGCCGGACUCGAGGGUAACGCCGGAGCUGACGGAGCACGGGGGCUUCCUGGUCCCGUUGGACCCGUUGGUUCCGGUGGACCCAACGGAGAGAAGGGUGAAACCGGCCCACCAGGACCUACAGGACGCCGAGGAACAAGAGGAAUUGCUGGUUCUACUGGUGACGCUGGUUCAACUGGUGCCGUUGGCUUCCCUGGAGCUGGUGGUCCUGAUGGUCAGUCUGGGAUCAAAGGUGACACUGGUGAGCCGGGUCUGAAGGGAGAGGGAGGAUCACCUGGACCACAGGGGAUGGCUGGGAAAUCAGGAGGACAGGGACCUGCUGGUGUGACUGGACUGAAAGGUGGCAGAGGAACUCAGGGUCAAACGGGCUCUCCUGGUUUCCCUGGGUUGCCUGGAGGAGUUGGAACAGCUGGUGCUCUUGGUUCUGUUGGGGCAGACGGGCCUAUCGGUGCUCCAGGAAAGUCGGGAACUCCUGGCAUUGUUGGGGAGAACGGCGCUCAAGGACGUCAAGGCGAGAGUGGAACUACAGGUGCACCUGGCACCUCCGGAGAGAAGGGAGACUCUGGAGAGGACGGCCCAGGGGGGCCUGAUGGUCCUCCAGGACCGGCUGGCGCCGCAGGACAGCGAGGCAUCGUGGGUCAGCCUGGACUGAGAGGAGAGGCGGGCAUGCUGGGACUGCCAGGUCCUGCUGGUCCACCUGGAAAAAACGGAGCUACAGGAGUUCAGGGCGGCACCGGGCCGGCUGGUGGAGUCGGUCUACCAGGAGCCACCGGGCCAAAAGGAGACGCUGGUCCUGAGGGUGUUACUGGAGCAGAGGGGCCUCCUGGGACGGACGGUCUCGUAGGAACCAGGGGAGACAGGGGUAACACUGGUCUAGAGGGUCUGGCUGGAAUUGCAGGGUCUCCAGGAGGAGAGGGUCCUAUUGGACUGACGGGCAGUCCAGGACAAAGAGGAGAUAACGGUGGCAGAGGCUCCAUUGGACCCCCAGGACCAGCUGGAGUACGGGGAAAAGUGGGCCCUCAAGGACCACAGGGAGAGAAAGGAGGAGUUGGAGAGGUCGGAGAGAGGGGCCAGAAAGGUCACAGAGGUUUCACCGGUCUCCACGGUUUGCCAGGAAUCACUGGAACCACAGGGGAUGCUGGAGCGAUAGGUAUCGUUGGACCAGCUGGGCCGAGGGGUCCUCCAGGAGUGUCGGGUCCUCCAGGAAAGGAAGGAAACAUUGGUCAUCCUGGACCCAUGGGUGCUCCUGGAAGCAGAGGCUCCAGUGGAGACAUCGGGGCACAGGGUCCACCUGGUGAUGACGGACCAUCCGGUCCUCCAGGCUCCCCUGGACCUCCCACCGCGGGUGUGGAAGACCUUUACGCUGGCCUUUACGAUUACGACGGGAUGGGUGGCGUGCCAGAAGCCGCGGAGUUCGUCGAGGACGACGUGGCUGCUGUUGCUCCUCCGCUCCCAGACCACAAUAAAGAUGAAGCCCUUCCCAAUAAGAACGCAGCCGUCCUGCGUGCCGACACCGGAGUCCAUGCCACGCUCAAGACACUCAACGGACAUCUGCAAAACCUCCGCAGCCCUGACGGCAGCAAGUUGAACCCUGCGAAAACCUGCCAGGACAUCAAGCAGUGCUACCCUCUGAAAAAGAGCGGUGAGUACUGGAUUGAUCCAAAUCAAGGAAGCACAAAAGACUCCAUCAAGGUCUUCUGCAAUAUGGAAACUGGUGAAACCUGCAUCUCCGCCAAUCCGGCCAACAUUCCCCGCAAAGCCUGGUGGGCGAAACCCAGUCCCAUCACCAACAAACCCAUCUGGUUUGGAGCAGACAUGAACAGUGGAACUAAAUUCCGCUAUGGAAAUGAUGAGGAGCAGCCAAACGCGGUGGCGGUUCAGAUGAAGCUGCUGCAGAUUUUGUCCAAAGAGUCGCACCAGAGCAUCACCUACCACUGCAGGAACAGCGUGGCCUAUAAAGAUGUGAGGACCACCAACCUGAAGAAAGCUCUAGUCCUCAAAGGCUCCAACGGCCAGGAGCUGAGAGCGCUGGGAAACAACCGCCUCCGGUACACCGUCAUUGAGGAUGGCUGCACGAAAUCAAACGGCGAGUGGGGCAAGACGGUGAUCGAGUACAGGACUCAAACGUCUACCAGGCUGCCCGUUGUGGACGUGGCCCCCGUGGACAUUGGAAAGCCAGAUCAGGAGUUCGGCCUAGACAUCGGGCCCGUGUGCUUCUCAUAAAACAACCCAAGAUGGACAGAAAAUAGCUCUUUUUAGAGGAGUAACAUCAUCACCAGAAAAUUAUAGUAUAUGGACUCCUCUUUCUGUGAGCGUACAAGUCGACGGAGGUUAGAUUCUUCUACACAUGGCUGCCUUUCCCAAAAGCUGUUGAAGUAUGCGAGAGCUGUGUGACCGGUAGGACGCUGACAUAAUUUAUUCACCUUGUCUAUAAAUGUACAAUCUGGAGCACCAGUACUCUACAGGGAAAUGCAUGUGGGUGGAAAAAAUAUGAGGUGCUAACAUGAAGAAAAACAAAGAGUUGAGAUGGAUUGUAAACUUGCAUAAACUGGAAAAACAGCCAAUAGUAUUAAAGCUUAAAGAGAAACUGUUUUUUUUUGCAAUAAAAGCAUUUUCAUGUGGCUUUCUUUCCAGUAAAUGCACAUCCAGAGGUUUGUAUAGGGCGAGAGUUAAUAUAGCAAUGACUGUAGUUUUUAAUUUUAAUGGAAUAAAAAAUGCAAAUCAAGCUUGAACCUAAAUUAUUAAGUUCUGUGCAGGAACUCAUUUACUCUUUAAAAAGAAAACCCCUUUGUAUCUCCUUUUAAAAACAACUGUAAAUGCAACAUAUGACUGUAAAUUGCAAAUUAUUUGUUUGUUGUUGAAUAAAUGUCUUUCUUUGGAGUGACGGUGCUCUUCCCACAAAUACAGGACAGUUUAAUAAACAGUCGGUUCCCCCCCAA